CGCAGCCGGAUCGUACUCAUUCACAUCAGUCCACAGCCGGCGACCGCGGCGGACGCACGCGACGACAUCCGUGCAUUCGAUGUUAGUUUACGUCCACGACUUCGUGACGCUAAGCGUAAUAUUGCCGUGACAUUGUGAAUAAAUAUAGCGAAUAUGGGUUAAACGACCCUUCGGCCGAAAUGAGUCCGGGCGAGCGCGCCGCCCUAGGGCGCCGCGAAGCCCCUCGCCCUCGCUACGCCGCUACCGCACCGGGAUUCCCGCCACAGUACUAUCCGCCCUUCGGAGUUCCACAUCCUAACGCAUGGCUCGGAGCACCCCUCAUAUCUAUGGCGGGGCGUAAUCCUCCUAGAGACAACCCCGUGUCCAAACUUGCCAUGCAUGCUCAGGGAGCGCCUCUUAUCAUCCACAAUAGACACGACCGUAAAAAGUACACCACUAUACCUGAACAACGAAACCAUCGUCCUACUGGACAGGAUGUUCAUGUUAGACAUGAGAGGUGUGACGUACCUGAAAACGCGAGGCCGCGAAACCAAGCACAACAGCAGCAAGUACGACCCUCGCGGAACAACACACGCAACAAUAAUACGGAUGCAGUCAGUGUCACCAGCGAUGAAAGUUCUGGCUCUAAUAAUUCAGAGACAAUGUUACCGAGAAUAAUUAAGCCAAGGAAACGACGUAAAAAAGAUAGAAAACCCAAUAACAUAGUUCCACACGAUCUGACAUCAGCGGCGUUGGAACUCGGUGAAGUCGACCACUGUGUAACAAAUAUGGGGUCGACGUCUCACGGCAUUUACGAUGAAUCCUAUUGCAGAGAUGUGACAUUGCCGUAUCGGUUACACGUAAAAGUAUUAGACUACCCGGACCCCGUCCCGGAGACGUAUAGGGUUACAGCCUUAGGAGAGGCUUUGGAGGCUACUCGUUUUGGAUUAGCUGAAGCAGCAUCCCCUGCAGAAUCAGCGGUCAGUUCCUGUCAAUGUCGCUAUUGCGAUCCCGUCGGUCAGAUCUGGGAUGCGAAUUCUCUCGCUCAUUUGUUGGAUGAAAAUACGAGUGUUGACUUUGCACCGACAAAGCUAGAAGAUUCGAUGAAAGUUGUCGGCCCGCUUGGAAAGCGCGGUGGUGAUACUAUGUUGAGACGAAGCUGGAGCGACCCUUCAGCGCGAGUUCCUGAAAGAAAAGCUAAUAAUAACGAUACAUUGUCGGCUUCAAAUCUUUAUUCACUCUUUCCUCUGCCGAGAAGAUCAAUUUCUUCAGAGCCUAAGUCCCCACUCGCUUUGGAGAUAUCUUCUGAGAUCGUUACUUCAAUGAACGGACAUCGAGACUUGGAAAUUAAGUUGUUUUCUACUUUGCCUCCAGCAUCGAGCUCAGAUGAUCUGUCAUUCUUCGACGAAAAAAGUGAAAGUGCUACCAAGAGUGCAUUCUCAAGUGCAUACCCAAGCCCUGAGCUAAAAUUGAACAGUGAAGUGAACUGUGACAGAGUAGUAUUAAGUGAUAAAGGCGCUAAGAAGAGUGAAAAUCUAGAUCCAAGUUGUUUAAAAACAGUUGGGGUUAGCGAGAAUUCGCGAAAUAUUUGUGAUUUAGCCUUAGUAUCUGCCUGAGGUCUGCGUCGACCAAACUUAUUAUUCGUUUGAUUUGAAAGCGUAAUAUAUAAUGAGUCCAGAUAGCAAACGCUCGCCAUUUGAGCCGGACUCAUAUCGUCACAGCGAGGCAUUCAUGGAGCGUCUCAACGCGAUCCAAAAUAAAUGAGAUCUCCGAAUCGGUUUCCUGUAGAUUCUAUAAUAAUUUAUUUUUUAACAAUAGAUUAGUGAAACUCGACGGGAACUGUAUCUGGCUGUAUUUAUGAAUAGUGAUUCGCCGCUAUAUAUGGGACAUUGUGUCGUUCAUUACCGGUUGGAGUCCUUCGGGUGUCGGGUUCUUUCUAAUUGCCAGCGCAGUUUGUGAACAGUCAACGAUUCUUAUAACAAUAAUUAAUUGUACAAUAUGGACUAGCUGCCUUGUGUGUAAUUAGCGUUUCACACUACUGACACGGUUGCUCGGUUGCGUGCUCUGUAUUGCGGUUUCCAGUAGUUUUCACCGCUCUGCGUUCCGGGUUGCGCCUCCGCACCGGUUCAUAUCUUUAAUGACUUUUUUUUUAUUUAAUCUCUCGGCUCACUCUUACCUUAACAGUUUUGUUUAACAUAAUAAAUACAUUUGAAAUUACGAUUACAUCUUUUCUGACAAUCCAAUCUUGAAAAUAAUAUAUAUUUUUUUUAUUUUUCAACGUAAAAACCAAACUUAAAUAAAAUACGUAGCCCACAAAGUCGCUUCAGUAAAAAAAAAAUGUUAUCAAUGUUUGUUCUACAAUCCAGCAGUUCAUUGUAAACUAACUUGAAAAUCACGUGGUAUUUUGAUAACAAAUGAGUUUUCACUGAACAUUCAUUUAAAUUCUUGUGUUUUUUCCUUGCGUUUUUGUUAUAAAAUGUUAAGUGUGUAAGUUGUUACCAUGUUUUUUUUUUUUUGAUAUUAACAUAAUAUCGUUUUAUGUUAUUUGGGGACGUCAUUGAUCCGGCAAUGAACGGCGAAUCAAUUAUAUUAUUUAUAAUGUUAAUUUUACCUGUUUUUAUUUAAGGAAGGGUCCAAACUUUGCCAGAUAGAGUUCCGUAAUGUAGAUAAUGUGAAUAUGCCUAGGUUAUACACGAUCUGUACUUGAGUACAUCGCUAUCGUUGGGUUUUACACGUUGCACGGGCUGUUUGGAGUGUUUUAAAGUUUUUUACUCUCGUGUUCUUAGUUUUUAUUGCUCAGAAUCGCGUGGGAUGGCAUGAUUAAUAGUAUCUCGCUUUACUUCUAUCUGAGAUAGUCUCGGUCGGUGCGAGUUAUAACCGAGUGUUAUCAACGAAAAUUGUGAUUUAAUGAGCUGUAAACAAGUCGCCAACGAACACCAACCGGUCCUGAUAGUUGAUGGUGUUAUCACAAAAUAUAAAAAAAUAUCAUUAUAAUAUAUUACAUCGAUUUAUUUAACUUUUAAUUGCCCAAAUUACAAUAAAUAUCUUCCGUGUCAUUUAUGUGCGUAUACUUUGAGUAUUUUAUUUCUAGGGUUAUAUAAGUGACAUGUGUAAAAUUCAACGAUUCUCAAUAAUAUAAUAUGUAGGCUAUGUUCUAACUUACUGAGUGGAUGCAUUUUAUACAUAAAGUUAUAUAUAAAUAGAUUUAGCAUUUGUUUGUGUGUGUCGUGAUGACACGAGCAACACGCUUGCACACUAUUUUUGUACAAUAAAAACGAUAUUGCCCUGAAUAA